AUGGAUGUCCGAAGUGUGGAAGAGUGGAGCAGAGGCGAGGUGGAGGUGGCGGGGCUCAACUCGCGGCUGCAGAGCCCGGGGUUGGUGGAGCAGCAGCGCGAGGAGUCCCGCUACGAACCGGGACUGAGGCUCGUGGACAGCGGCAGUGACCCACGCGCCUGGCUGGCUCCGGUGCAGCCCUCUGGCACCUGCGCGGCACACGCCAGCUCACCCGACUACCUGCUGGACUCGCCCUGCCCGAGCACCGGCUCCUACCAAGAAAGUGGUUCCCCGGAGUCCUCGGGCCACCCCAGCCCUCCCAGCUACAGAAAAACUGCCAAGAGCCCCUCCUCUUCUUCGCUCAAAGUCAGGGACUUGUGCCGCCUUCAAGGCACGGUCACCGGGCCCGACGAAGAGGCAUCCACGAGACAGAGAGCCCAGUCCAGCAGGCCGGUCCACGGGGUCCAGAAGCAGAGGCGCGUAGCCGCCAACGCGCGGGAGAGGAGGCGCAUGCACGGGCUCAACUACGCGUUCGACGAGCUGCGCAGCGUCAUCCCGGCGUUAGACAACGACAAGAAGCUCUCCAAGUACGAGACGCUACAGAUGGCGCAGAUUUACAUCAACGCUCUGGCUGACCUGCUCGAAGGUCCGGUUUCCUCCUCCAACAGCAACAACAACAACAACAGCAACGACGUCUCCAACAAUAAAAACAACUCGCAAAAGUGUGACAUUGCGCUUCCAGCCACGGUUGGUUUUGACGCUCCCUCGUCCCCGACAGCCUGCAGGACAGCGGCGGCCGGGCCCGUCUCAGGUGGCGGCUUACCUGUUCACAUCAGCGGGGUGUCCUUCCACUCCUCCUUCGACGACGGCUCGUUCUCCGCCAUGGUGGAAGAGGCGAUGCGUUCCCCAUCUCCGUCUCCCUCCGCUCGGGAAAACUCUUUCCUGGCACCGGUCGGAGGCGGUGGGAGGAAAGCGUCUCCCCGGAGCGACGGAGAGUUUUCCCCGCACUCCCACUUCAGCGACUCGGAUGAAAUAGCGAUGGAGAUCCACUCGAGUGAAGAGGAGGACUUCUCAGAUCUCAAGCUCCGCAGCCGCCAUCAUCACACGGUGGCUUUUUGA